UUGCUAGGGAAUUAAAAGCCAAUAAUAGAUCGCUCUUUUAUUUCGCGUUGCCACGUGCAUGGGUUCCUGCAUUCCUAGGGAUGAGCACGCCAAUCUGGGGCAAUUGAUCAGAGACCACCUUCCUAGGGAUUUGAAACCUAGGGCUUUUGGGUCACCUAAUUAAAAGGCAUGGAAGUGGGGAAAUAGACUCCAUUGAAGGCAUCAGAGGUGCACACCUGCUAAAUCUUUGUAAUAGUAAAAUUGCUUUAAUGUACUGUACAGUGCACAUUAAUAGGUUGAUUCUUCAGUCACUUGAAAUACAGCAUUUGCUGUGCAGCUGUUAGAUGGUAUUCAGUAAAGAGUAAACUUAUGAGCUGACCUGAGGAUUGCCCAUAAAGUGCAUCGUGCUCCCUUGAGUUCACAAUGAAAACAUGACAAAGGAGGGGUGUGUAAUUGCUAAAAUGUGAUGGGAAUGGAAAUCAAAAGGACUUUUAAAACUAGAGCAUAUAACUAACAUCUGUCUGCUUUAAAAGUGUGGCAUUCUUCAUACAGUUCUUUUGUAGAGCAUCUUAAACUGGUCUGUUUAACAAACAUGUGAAAUAUUAGAACUCAGGUGUUGUUUUGCUUACAAAGGCUUGGUUUUGAUUCCUUCAUUGGUACUUGGCAAUUGAUUUUGUUUGAUUGGUCUCUUCUUGUUUUAGCUGUAUAAACUGAUUUAUAAUGGGUAUCAUUUAUCACUAUUCCCAUGAUUUUAUACAAAAAUCAAUGCAUGUUUAAAUAACAAAAACAAUUUGCUUAUCCUAUGUACGGUAUGUAUAAAAAGAAGUAAGCCCAAAUGAGUUAAUAACCGAUGGCAACCAGGACUUUGGUGUUGAGGCUUGCUCACAUUCUCGCUUGGCCAAAAAGCUCACUGAGUGACCUUGUGCCAAUCACCAUGUAUUAUGAAAUAUGAGGGCCUUUUAAAUAAUGUGGAACUCUUUUCUCCUGAGCCACCCUGAAGAUCCCAGUAAUCUGAACAAAGCUCCAAAUGCUUUUUGCAGUUUAUUUUGUCAUCUACCUGUCCAAGCAAAGAUGUGUUCUCCACUCCACCCUGCCCAAGGCUUGAAGCUGGAUUUAAAAGAAGUCUUUUGUCCAAAACAACCCACAGCUGAGCAUAAGAAACCUAACAGUUUCUGUCUAGAAUCUAAUGGAUUUUUUUUUGCUCUCAUCACUGUUCCAAUAAGAUUUUACAAUUCCAUCUCUAAGCAUAGAAUAGUAGAGUUGGAAGGGACCAUGAGGGUCAUCUAGUCGGACCCCUGCAAUCUUUUUGCUCAAUAUGGGCUUCAAACCCUCAGAUUAAGAGUCUCACACCCUGCCAACUGAGCUAUCUCACCCAUCAGCAAUGCCAACAGUAUGCUGUAUGUUGAUUCAGUCCACUGCUGCACUUGCAAGAGAGACACAUGCUUGCAUUUCAUAUCAUAUGAAAACUUGUGCCCUCUUUUGCAGGUGGUCCCCCCCUAAAAUGUCAGGGGCUCUGCACAAGUAAUAACAUAUCUGAGAUGCACAAUAUCAACAGGGAGGGAUGUGGGUGGCACUGGGGUCUAAACUACUGAGCCUCUUGGGCUUGCCGAUCGGAAGGUUGGGGGUUUGAAUCCCUGUGACGGGGUGAGGUAAACGGUGUUUCUGUGCGCUCUGGUUUCCGUCACAGUGUUCCAUUGCACCAGACGCGGUUUAGUCCUGCUGGCCACAUGACCCGGAAAGCUGUCUACGGACAAACGCCAACUCCCUCCGCCUGAAAGCAAGAUGAGUGCCACAACCCCAAAGUCGCCUUUGACUGGACUUAACUGUCCAAGGGUCCUUUACCUUUUACCUUUACCUAUCAACAGGUAACACUAUGAUUCUGGUUCGUUUCCAGGACGAUGGAAUCUGUCCCCCUUCCUUAACUUCAUUAAAGAGUUUUCCAGUGGUACAACACUGGAAAUCCUUUUGACUGAAUGGAUUUCAAAAGUAGCUCUCUUCUUCUAGCCAAAAAAAGGGUCAACCACAUCAAAAUGAAGCAAGUGCCAGAGAUCCUUGGAAAUCCUACAGGGAAAACACAGAACUGUGAAGUGAAUCGUGAGUGUUCUGUUUACCUGGGCAAGACACACCUUUCUGCCACACUACAGGAGGACGUUAUGCCGAAAUAUAAUGGCCACGAUGCUCUCCCAUUUAUUCCUGCGGACAAACUGAAAGAUCUCACUUCUCGUGUGUUUAAUGGAGAAUCUGCAACACAAGACACCAAGCUGCGCUUUGAGUCUGAGGAUAUAAAAGAACCUGCGACUCCACCUAACACUACACCUGUCAAGAAUGGUUCUCCAGAGAUUAAACUGAAAAUCACUAAAACCUACAUGAAUGGAAAGCCUCUAUUUGAAUCUUCAAUUUGUGGUGACAAUGGAAUAGAUGUGUCUCAGGCAGAGGAAAAUGAGCAAAAGCCAGCAAAUAAGGAAAGGAGAAAUAGAAAAAGAAGCAUCAAAUAUGAUUCCUUACUUGAACAGGGUUUUGUUGAAGCGGCAUUAGCAUCAAACACAUCUAGUUCCUCGGAUGAGAAGAUUCCUGCUAAAGAAGAUUGUUCUUUACUACUUGGAAAAGAUGACAAAACUCAUGUAUUGAAGUACAAUGUAGGAGACUUGGUAUGGUCCAAAGUAACUGGCUAUCCCUGGUGGCCAUGCAUGAUUUCAACUGAUCCUCUUCUCUACAACUUCACAAAACUAAAUGGACAAAAGAAGAGCUUUCGCCAAUAUCAUGUUCAAUUCUUUGGAGAUGCCCCAGAACGAGCAUGGGUGUUUGAGAAGAGUCUUGUACCGUUCAAAGGAGAAGAGCAAUUUGAGCAAUUAUGCCAGGAAAGUGCAAAGCAUUCCCUUACCAAAGCAGAGAAAAUAAAGAUGUUAAAACCUGUUUCAGGAAAACUACGCCCCCAGUGGGAAAUGGGUGUUAAGCAAGCAAAAGAUGCAUUGUCCCUGACAGCAGAGGAACGAAAAGUCAAGUACACCUUCAUUUAUGUUAGGGGAAGACCUCUUCUCAAUCCUCAAGUGGCAAAAGAAGCAGGUCUUGCUGUAAAGUCUCUGGAGGAAAUGGAUAAAAUUUACACAGAUGAAGACAUUUCUCAGACUUUGAAAUCAAAGAAAGAAUCUGAUAUUCCUACCAAGAGGAGGAGAGCAAAACAGCUUGCAUUGAAUGAAUCAGAUGAAGGCAUUGAACCAGUUAAGAAUAUCACCCCUGAAAAAGUCCUUGAAGGGAGAGAAGCCAAAAGGAGCACAGGGUCUCCUGUUGCUAGGAAAAAAGUUGUUGCGUACACCCCACGAAACAGAAAGGGAGAUGCAGUUUCUCAGUUCUUGGUUUUUUGUCAGAAGCACAGAGAUGAGGUGAUUGCUGAACAUCCAGAUGCCUCAAGUGACGAAAUUGAAGAGCUGCUGGAAUCACAGUGGAACAUGCUUAGUGAAAAACAGAAAGCACGCUAUAACACAAAAUUUGCCAUAGUGACCUCUCCUAAAUCUGAAGAAGACACUGGUUCAUCACAGAAGACUAUGGGAGAGGCCAAGCGUAAAGUGUUUCAAGAAUCCCCUAUAAGGAGAUCAAGAUCCAGAAGUAACUUACAUGGAAAUAAAAGAAAAACAUUAAAGAGGACAAGAAAACCUAAAGAAGAUUUUGAACCUCAGGAACUACCUAGGAAAAGGCUCAGGAUGGAUAAGAAGAAUUACCUAAAGAGGGAGACAAGCAAUGACAAAACAGCAAAAACAAACUCAGCUAAAGUCACAGAAACAUCUUCACAAAAGAACCAGUCAGGUCUUUCAGAUGCAUGUAAACCACUGAAGAAGCGAAAUCGGGCUUCAGCAGCAGAAUCGUCAGAUCUUGCCUAUAGCAAAACUUCAUCUCCUUCAGCUUCCUUAACUGAGAACGAGAUUUCAGACAGUCAAGGAGAUGAGAGAUCAGAGUCUCCUUAUGAAAGUGCAGAUGAGGGGCUUGCAGAAGCCUCCCUGUCGUCCAAAAAGUGUGACCGUGGAGGAGCAACAAGGAAAGAAUAUGUUUGCCAGCUCUGUGAAAAGCCUGGAGACUUGCUGCUCUGUGAAGGACGGUGUUUUGGUGCUUUUCAUGCAAGAUGCAUCGGGUUCUCUGGGAAGGCCUCGGAACACUUUAUUUGCAGCGAAUGCUCUUCAGGUGUUCACACAUGCUUUGCGUGUAAAGAGAAAAAAUCAGUCGUGAAACGCUGUAUUGUAUCCCACUGCGGGAAAUUCUACCAUGAAGCUUGCGUGAAAAAGUUCCGCCUCACAGUGUUUGAGAACAGGGGUUUCCGAUGCCCUCUCCACAGUUGUGCGAACUGUCAUGUUGCUAACCCUUCAAAUCCCAAAGUAUCCAAAGGCAAAAUGGUGCGUUGCGUCCGCUGCCCUGUGGCUUACCACGCUGGAGACGGUUGCGUUGCUGCAGGGUGCUCAGUCAUCACUUCCAGCAGCAUAGUUUGCACCAACCACUUCAUUGCCACUAAAGGGAAGAGUCAUCACGCGCAUGUUAAUGUAAGCUGGUGCUUUGUAUGCUCGAAAGGGGGAAGCCUUUUAUGUUGUGAAUCUUGCCCUGCAGCGUUUCACCCAGAUUGUUUAAACAUUGAAAUGCCGGAUGGAAGCUGGUACUGCAACGACUGUAAAGCAGGAAAGAAAAUCCAUUUUCAGGAUAUUAUUUGGGUCAAGCUGGGAAACUACAGGUGGUGGCCUGCAGAAGUCUGCCAUCCAAAAAACGUUCCUCCAAAUAUCCAGAAAAUGAAGCAUGAGAUUGGAGAGUUUCCUGUGUUUUUCUUUGGCUCUAAAGACUAUUACUGGACGCAUCAGGCUCGUGUGUUUCCCUAUAUGGAAGGAGACAGGGGAAGUCGGUACCAGGGAAUUAAAGGAAUUGGAAAAGUCUUCAAAAAUGCUCUGCAAGAAGCUGAAGCCCGUUUCCGAGAGAUAAAGUUCCAACGGGAAGCCAAAGUAACGCAGGAAAAUGAGCGCAAACCUCCCCCGUACAAACACAUCAAGGUAAAUAAGCCUUUUGGAAAAGUUCAGAUUUACACUGCUGACAUUUCUGAGAUUCCCAAAUGCAAUUGCAAACCCUCUGAUGAGAACCCCUGUGGUUUUGAUUCAGAGUGUCUAAAUCGGAUGCUAAUGUAUGAAUGCCACCCACAAGUAUGUCCGGCCGGAGAGCGCUGCCAAAACCAGUGUUUUACCAAGCGCCAGUAUCCUGAAACGAAGAUAAUCAAGACUGAUGGCAAAGGAUGGGGCUUGGUUGCAAAGAGAGACAUUAAAAAGGGUGAGUUUGUGAAUGAGUACGUUGGCGAGUUAAUUGAUGAAGAGGAAUGCAUGGCAAGGAUCAAGUUUGCUCAAGAAAACGAUAUCACCCACUUUUAUAUGCUUACUAUUGAUAAGGACCGCAUAAUUGACGCCGGACCCAAAGGAAAUUAUUCCCGGUUUAUGAACCACAGCUGCCAACCAAAUUGUGAGACUCUGAAGUGGACUGUACAUGGCGACACCCGUGUAGGACUGUUUGCUGUGUGUAGUAUUCCGGCAGGGACAGAAUUGACUUUUAAUUACAAUCUUGACUGUCUGGGCAAUGAAAAAACGGUGUGUAAAUGUGGUGCUCCAAACUGUAGUGGCUUUCUUGGAGACAGACCAAAGAAUUCAUCCUCUAAUGCUUCAGAAGAGAAAGGAAAGAAAACCAAAAGAAGAGCAAGGAGACGCAAAACAAAGAACGAAGCAAGGAAAAAAUCUGAGGAUUACUGCUUCCGUUGUGGUGACGGAGGCCAACUUGUAUUAUGCGACCGAAAAUCUUGUACCAAGGCUUACCAUCUCUCGUGCCUUGAUUUGGUGAAACGCCCUUUCGGAAAAUGGGAGUGCCCUUGGCACCACUGUGAUGUUUGUGGCAAGCCUUCUGUCUCCUUCUGCCACUUCUGCCCAAACUCUUUUUGCAAGAACCAUCAAGAGGAGACAGCGCUGGAUUCUAACUUAUCUGGACAGUUGUUCUGCUCCGACCACAUUGGGGAGAAUUUUGCUGAAAAGGCGGCGGCGGCGAGACCCCCUAGAAAACUGGCCGCGCUGAAGUGCAAGCGGAGACAAAGAAACAAAUUGAAGAGGAAGGAAUGUAAAUAAUUACGAACUGCGGUUCCCGCUGCCCAUGCUGUCUUGUAGAUAAGUUGUGAAUAGGGUCAGAGAAGGACAUGUCUUUUACAUAUAUUCUGCAGGAAUUGGGUUUGGGGCAGAAUCAUUUUUAAUCCACUGAGCCAACGGCAGCAGUGUGUUCUGUUGCUUCUGCACUGAUCAUGGACUGUGUGGCAUGCCAAGUUCAGCCACUUUCAGGACAAACCAGGUUUACUCUUCAGCAAUAAUGACAACACUUGAACUGUUAGGAGUGAAAAACAAUUCAUUCCAGAAUUCCCUAGUUGGAGGUGUGUUCAUUUCCAACCAAUUAAGGCGUAUAUGCAUAGCUUUUUGAAAUAGUAGUCACCACCCAGCAAGUGUUUAAAUAGUGCGUAAGAAAGACGUGAUUAGCCUUUAAAGCCAAACGUUGUGCGUAGAGCUGCCUAUAUUACCCGCGUUAAGUGAGG